AUGGAAUCAGUACAACCGGGUCUCUCAGUUGACCGUAUUCAAGGUCAUUGCGAAUUGGAUAUCAAUGAUCUUAAAUGUGAUAUUUGUACGAAGAUUCUUUGGCAACCAGUUGCUUGUAGGAAUUGCGAAGUAGCUUUUUGUUCCACUUGCAUCAAUCAAUGGCUUGCACAAAAUUCGGGGGUAUGCCGAAAGAAUUGCCGAGAAUUUGUUCAACGAUCAUGUCCUCGAUUCAUCGUACAACAACUUUCUCGGUUACAGUUCACGUGUCAAAAUUCAUUGCAAGGUUGUGAUCAGGUUCUUGCCUACGAUAGAAUCGAAGCACAUGAGCUAGAAUGUGGCUAUAAACAAUUACAGUGUCGCGGUUGUCAUGAAGCAGUGUUGAAAAUGAAUCAUAUUGAUCAUGAGAAUACUUGUCUACAGAUCGAGUUAACAUGUUCAGAAUGCAAUACAACGUACAAAAGAGGCGAUGGUACUUUUGUACAUACGGAAGUUAUCUGUUUAAGAGAACAACUUCGACAACUUCGCCUAGAGUUGCAGGCUCAUAAGAAGCACGCAGGUCAACAGAUUGAUGAGAUAACUGAAAAAAUACAACCGCUAUCUGAAACCCUUCAACAACUUCAACAAGUGUCUGAAUCGAACAAUCAACAGGUCAGUAAUGAUAUUAAAAGCUUUCAGCAAGCAUUGGAAGCCGACAAGGAACAAACGAGUAAAGAAAUUCAACAGAUUCAACAAAAAUUUCAAACAACUGGAGAAAAAUCGAGCACUGAAAUGGGAGAUUUAAAAAAGGCGCUUGAACAAUACAGUACGGCUGAUUAG